CGCGGGCGGCCUACCGGCUCCCGGGGCGGUGGCGGCGGGCGCUGAGCCGGCCAGGCGCUGAGCGGGUGGCGGUGACAGGCGGCGCGAGCCCGCACGCUCCCCGCGCGGCGCGCCGCUGCACCAUGGAGCCCGCCGUGUCGCUGGCCGUGUGCGCGCUGCUCUUCCUGCUGUGGGUGCGCGUGAAGGGGCUGGAGUUCGUGCUCAUCCACCAGCGCUGGGUGUUCGUGUGCCUCUUCCUCCUACCGCUCUCGCUCAUUUUCGACAUCUACUACUCCGUGCGCGCCUGGGUGGUAUUCAAGCUCAGCAGCGCGCCGCGCCUGCACGAGCAGCGCGUGCGGGACAUCCAAAAGCAGGUGCGAGAAUGGAAGGAGCAGGGAAGCAAGACGUUCAUGUGCACUGGGCGCCCCGGCUGGCUCACUGUCUCGCUGCGCGUUGGGAAGUACAAGAAGACACACAAAAACAUCAUGAUCAAUCUGAUGGACAUCCUGGAGGUGGACACCAAGAAGCAGAUUGUCCGUGUAGAGCCCUUGGUGUCCAUGGGUCAAGUGACUGCCCUACUGACCUCCAUUGGCUGGACCCUGCCUGUGUUGCCUGAGCUUGAUGAUCUUACAGUGGGGGGCUUGAUCAUGGGCACAGGCAUCGAGUCAUCAUCCCACAAGUAUGGCCUGUUCCAACACAUCUGCACCGCCUACGAACUGGUCCUGGCCGAUGGCAGCUUUGUGCGAUGCACGCCAUCUGAAAACUCGGACCUGUUCUACGCUGUGCCCUGGUCCUGCGGGACCCUGGGCUUCCUGGUGGCUGCCGAGAUCCGCAUCAUCCCUGCCAAGAAGUAUGUCAAGCUUCGGUUUGAGCCAGUGCGGGGCCUGGAGGCCAUCUGUGAAAAAUUCACCCACGAGUCCCAGCAGCCGGAGAACCACUUCGUGGAAGGGCUGCUCUACUCCCUGGAUGAGGCUGUCAUCAUGACAGGGGUCAUGACAGAUGAAGCAGAACCCAGCAAGCUGAAUAGCAUUGGUAAUUACUACAAGCCGUGGUUUUUCAAGCAUGUGGAGAACUACCUGAAGACAAACCGAGAGGGCCUGGAGUACAUUCCCCUGAGACACUAUUACCACCGCCACACACGCAGCAUCUUCUGGGAGCUCCAGGAUAUCAUUCCCUUUGGCAACAACCCCAUCUUCCGCUACCUCUUUGGUUGGAUGGUGCCUCCCAAGAUCUCCCUCCUGAAGCUGACCCAGGGCGAGACCCUGCGCAAACUGUACGAGCAGCACCACGUGGUGCAGGACAUGCUGGUGCCCAUGAAGUGCCUGCGGCAGGCCCUGCUCACCUUCCACAACGACAUCCACGUCUACCCCAUCUGGCUGUGUCCGUUCAUCCUGCCCAGCCAGCCAGGCCUGGUGCACCCCAAGGGAGACGAGGCAGAGCUGUACGUCGACAUCGGGGCAUAUGGAGAGCCGCGGGUGAAGCACUUUGAAGCCAGAUCCUGCAUGAGGCAGUUGGAGAAGUUCGUCCGGAGCGUGCAUGGAUUCCAGAUGCUCUAUGCCGACUGCUACAUGAACCGGGAGGAAUUCUGGGAGAUGUUUGACGGCUCCUUGUACCACAAGUUGCGCAAGCAGCUCGGUUGCCAAGACGCCUUCCCUGAGGUGUACGACAAGAUCUGCAAGGCCGCGAGGCACUGAGGGGGGCCACCUGGAGAGACAGACACGUGGCAGGGACCGGCGUCUUCCCUUUACUCCAGCUUGGCUGCUUUCCCAGAUCCACAUUUUCAGAAAGAAUCCCCUGCAGAAAUCCCAUCCAGAGAGCCCUGACCGCUUCCUACUGGCUUCUAGGGGCAGCCCAAUCAGGUGGCAAGGACAUGGGAUCUGGAAUCAGGCACACCUGAAUCCAGGCUCAAGAUUAGCCACUCAUUAGCUGUGUAACUCUGGGUGAGUCACUUAAUCCCUCUGUGUCCCAGCCUCUUCAUCUGUUGAAGGGGCAGUAAUACCUACCUGCAGGUUGUCCUCAAAGUCAUGCACCUGUCACAUGGAAGGGGCUGUGUGAGCAGGAGCUGUUAUUAGUGCUUCCCAUUCAGUGUCAUUCUGACUAAAGUGCUUUGGAUUCAGCAGCUGAGUCCAAAAAGGCCACCUGGGUUAGGUCCCCUGGGCACAGGUUUGGCUGGAAUGAUGAAGGGGACGCCCUGGAGUUGUACUGCCAUUGCCUGAGUCAGUCAGAAGAGCUCCUCGUGGGGAGAAGGAAGACUACUCUCCACCCCUGGGGUCUCAGGAGGGCAACACAUAGGGUGGGCAGGCCCGAGAUGUGCCGUGCCAAAGCCAGGUUCGAUUCCAAAGUUCUCUCUGCCAUCCUUGGUGAUGUCCUAUCCCUUUCUCCUGCAUGCUCAAGCCUGUGGGUCCACCUCAGCCGUCACCAAGUUCACUCAGAGGACUGUGUUCCUGGAGAAGACAUCUGGGAUCCUGUCCGGCCCGGCCCAGCCCAGUAUGCCCAGGUGGGGAAAAGGGCCUUGGUUCUGACUGGAUCCAGAGCACCAGGCUCAUUCUCCAUGGCUCACCAACCCCCUAGGCCUCCUCUUGUACGCAGACCCCACUUAGGCAUGGUGGGGGCAGGUCCACGCUGCUCUGUGGCAUCAGGGCAGGUGGACUGCAACAGGUGGGAAAGUGGAGUCCGCCAUCAUUGUGUUUCUGUGAGGAGUCUCGCUGUGGGGCUGAAAGAAAAGACCAUCAACUGGAUUUCUCCAAUCAUCAAUCCCCUUUUUCUUUCUCCCGCCCCAGCUGUAGUUAAUUUCAGUGCCUUACAAAUCCUAAGCUCAGAGAAAGUUAGCUCAGUUUCCGUUCAGAGGGAAGGGACCUUCCUAGGUCCUUCUGCCUUGUUAUCAAAGCCUGUUUGUUUACGCAGCUCCACUUUGAGAACUGCUGGCCCAGCUGGAAACCCAGAAUGUGGGAAGGACCUAUUAAAGGGAAGCCAGAUCUGUGAGCUGAGCCAGUCACGGCCAUGAUGAUGGAGUCAGGGGGCCUGGCUUUCAGUCCCUGCUCUACCGUCAACGAGCUGUGCAACCGUGGGCAAAUCAUUUGUCCCUCCGAGCUGCAGUUUCCUCAUCUGUCACAUUGGAACAGAUAAGACCUCCCUAGAGCCUUUCUGUCUUCGAUACCAUGGUUGCAAAACCCAUGAGGACCAACCCUUAUUUGUGUUGAAAGUCAGAGGAAGAAUAAAUGAGGCAGGUGACCCUUAGGGAUUGUCCGUCAUUUAAGGUCCUUCCUUCAGCCCCAGGGCCAGUUCCCAUCUCAUUUUCAGAACGGCUCAUCUUCAGCUGGCUUCUGUCUUGUCCCUUCCAGGGCCAGUAUCCUCUUGAGAUCUUGUCACACUUUUACUGAAGGACCUUCCUAUCCAGGCCUUGGCACACUGCCGUGUCUUCAUGUGGUCCUGUGAGGUCUGGCUGUGGCACUCAGGAGGCAAAGGAGCCACCCUUACCCAUUGGCCUCUGGGCGAGGCAGAAGAAAGUAGCCUUCAUUCUCUAGUCUGCAAAGCCGCAUGUUGUGGCCUGAGCUCUGAGUGGGCCCCGGGCUUCCCCACUCGGUGUCAACUGAUGACUCCACUUCUGUGGAUGAAUGGUUGACCUGAGAGGUUAAUCCAGCAGCUAAAGUAUCAUCAUUUCACCAGUGGAGGCCCCAUCGCAAAGCCACUGGUGGCCAGAGAUGCCAGCAUCCUAUGUCACCCUGAGUCCUAUAACCCCAGUCCAGCCCUUCACAGACCUUAGGCAGAACCCAGGGCUUCAAAGGGAAGGUUUUUGGAAUCCCACCAGGUUGAUGUUUGGCCCCUGAGACAUCUUGCUUGAAAGAGGCCGUCUCCCAAGCAUGCUGAGCCGCAUUCUAGCUUUUCUUGUAGCCAGCUCUGUCAUUGUCCAUCCAUGUGGUGGCUUUGGGCAGAGUUAAACUUGGUGCCACGGGGCAGUGAGUGUAGAAAGGAACAGUGAGCCUCUCCCCUCCAGGGCCCUGGUUUCUUGGUUGCUUGAGGUUUAAUGUAAAAUCCCGUUUCUUUUGAAGGAUGAAUUGUUGACUGUUAACUGACAGAGAAGAGAGGGGUGGGGAUGGGUGUGGCGUUGUGUGGUGUGUGAUUUUUACUUUUUUUUCUUUGGUCGUGGGGACCAAAGAGAAAGGCAUGAGUCUCCCCUAUGAGGCUCUUGCAGCUGCAGACACUGUGCCUGCUUGAACACGCAUCCUGUGGCUGUGGGGCUGCUGCUUCUGUCAAAAUAAAAGUAUGGCCUGGAA